AUGGCUGAACCAGCUGACGACCAGCUCCAGAACCUCCCCGCAAACCCCGAAGACCGUAAGGCUGCCGUCGCCCUGUCCUCGCUCAAUGAUGACCUCGGCAGCCGAGGGUCCUCCGCGGACCAGGAAGCGCUCGGGAAGGCGAUGGGUCGGUUGGAGAUUGCGGCGGGUCAGGGUGGGAAUAAUAAUGCCGGUGCUAGUGCGGGGCAGAUGAAGCAGAAGCCCGAAGUAAAGAAGGUGGUUAAGUUUAAGGCGGAGGACGUCAAUCUGUUGGUGAGGGAAUUGGAUCUGAGCAAGACUAAAGCGACGGAGCUAUUGAAGGCGAAUGACGGGGAUGCAAAGAAGGCUAUACAGGCUUUUAUUGCAACUGUCUAA